GACUCUUGCUCGGACCUUUAAGAGAUAGCGCUUUCUAAUAAUUCAGCACUCUUGCCAUACGCGUGCUUUGCUGCAAUCAUGAGUGAACUUCAGGAAGAAGUAGGAUGGCUCGAUCAAGGAUUCAGCCGCCCCAAGCCUUCCAGGAGAGAACGCCGCCGCCGCCGCCGCCAAGAGGCAGAGGCAGAGGCAGAGGCAGAGGCAGAGGCAGAGGCAGAGGCUGAGACUGAGGCUGAACAUGAGGCUGAACCAGAGGCUGAGGUAGAGGCAGAGGCAGAUGCAGAGGCAGAGGUAGAGGUAGAGGCAGAGGCAGAGGUAGAGGUAGAGGUAGAGGCAGAGGCGGAGGCUGGGGCACAGGCACCAGCACAAGGAGAGGCAGAAGCGGAGGCCGAGGCCGAAGCGAAAGACUACGAGCCCAGAAGCACCCUAUUUAGAAAGAGAGAGGCAACGGCAUCGCUUUGUUUGCCAAUUGACAAAAAUCUCGUGGGCGCCCUGAUUGGCUAUAGGGGCUCUACCGUGAGAGCGAUCGAGCAACUAACCAGCACGCACAUCAGUAUCAAAGAAAGAGGAGAUCAGCAGUCUGUCUGCAUUUAUGGAUCCUAUGAAGCCUGCGGAAGAGGACUAGAUGUAGUCGAAUGUGUCCUCGGUUGGUACCAGCCAGCAGAGAAAUAGGGCUUAUCUGAUCUCGGAGUACCGCUGCCUCCUGACAAAAGUAGAGCAUCUCCCAGAGUUCUUUCUCUUCCCUGUAAAACCUUUCUUUUUCCAGUCCUUUUCCAACUUUAAGAAAUGUCUCUUAAUAUCCUGCUCUGAGCUGAACACUUCUAGGGACCCAGAGAUGGACUUCUCACAAAGACUUUGCUACCAAUCAAUGCCAGGACCAACCUUUCUCCCAGAAGAGAUGACCGAAGAGGGGGGGACUCAAUAUGAACAAAACUUAUUUUGGAUCAAGAAACCAAAGUGGGCAUUUUGCCACAUCGGGGAUAUUGGUUUAAAGAAGUUUUUCUUUUUUUCCUAUUUAGAGGUGGAAAAGGGAAAAUAGAUGGGAGAGAAAAAGAAAAGGUUGUUCAUUGAAAAAAUAAAAUGAAAUGUCAAAAUCUA